AUGGCUACACAACAAGCAGGUAUAGGAAGUUUAUUAUCAUUAAUUAAAGGCACUAAAAAAUCUAGUGAAAAUAAUAUUUCACAUGUUGUCAAAAAGGAGACAAAAGUAACUGAAAAUAUUUCAAUUAAAUUACCUGAUGUGAAUUAUGAUUUUUCAAAUGAACCAACGCUUAUUGAAUUGGAAAAAGAUUGCUUUAUGGAUAAGGCUAAACUUAAAAGACCUUCGGUUAAAUUUGAUAAUAAUUAUAUUAGAACUGUAAAAUUUAACAAAAAUGGAAAUUAUUUAAUAUCAUCUUCACAGGAUCGUAUACUUAGGCUAUUUUUUUUUGAUAAAAAUUCCAAUCCUAAGAUCAGAUUAGUUCGUGAAAAAGAAUGUGCAGGAUUUAUUUAUGAUGCAUGUUGGAGUAAAACAAAUGAUGUAUUUGCUUUUACUAGUUUUCAAUCUCCAAUUCAUUUAUAUGAUACUAAUGGUGAAUGUAUAAAUACUUUUAAAGGAAUUAAUAAUUUAGACGAAAUGGAUACAGCAAAAUGUGUUUGUUUUACAAAUGAUAGUAAUAAUGUUAUUGCUGGUUACAAAGACAAGAUAAGAAUAUUUGACAUGGAGAAAUCAGGAAAACAGAUAUAUGAUAUUAAUACAUAUAAAAAAUUUAAUGGUGGUCAGAAAGGAAAUUUUACAUGUCUUCGGGUAAAUCCAAUAAAUGAUAAUCUUUUUAUAGGAUCAACAACAGGAGAUGUAAUUGGAGUUUAUUCACUGAGUGAUAAUUCAUGUCAAAUGUUGAUAUCACAUGAAUUUGAUGGAAUUACAUGGAUGGAAUAUUCAAAAGAUGGUCAAUAUAUUUUUAUUGGAGGAAGAAAAGAUGAAGGAAUUUCAUGUUAUGAUACAAGAAUGUUAGGUAUAAAAUUAUAUGAUAUUCCUCGACCUGGUGUACAUAAUCAACGCAUAGAAUUUGAAAUUGAUCCAUCUGGAUCAUUUUUAUUUUCAGGAACAACUUUAGGAAGUUUAAGAAUUACAGAUCUUCGUUCUGGACCAUCUUUUCAAAAUACUAAAGAAUUCAAUAUUUUAUCAACUUCAAUUCCUUCUUUGUCACUUCAUCCAGAAGAAAAUUUUGUUGCACUUGGUCAUGGACAAAGAAUAUUUCCAAGUUCUAUUUUUAUUGAUGAAGAUGACAAUAAUGAGGUAACAGAAAAUAUACCAAUUAAUAAUGGCAUAAGUAUUUAUAAAUUUUAA